CCUCAUCACACUUCAACUCAUUCCUCCACUCCACUCUUUUAUUCAUCCCUCCGCUCCUUCUCUCCUUUAUUCAUCAUGGCGGUUGAAUACAAGCGCAUCCUAUUCGAUAUCCAGCGCAGGGAAGGGAACAAGAAUUGCAUGGACUGCAAUGCUCCCAAUCCACAGUGGGCCAGCUGCAAUCUGGGUAUCUUCAUCUGCCUUGAGUGCUCAGGGGUUCAUCGCUCCCUCGGAGUUCAUAUCAGUUUUGUGCGCUCGAUAUCCAUGGAUAAAUGGUCUGAUGAUCAGUUGAAGAAGAUGGAGCUCGGAGGCAACAUCAAGGCUAGGGAUUUCUUCGAGGCUAGUCCGGAUUACUUUCAAGGAAUGUCCAUCAAGGAAAAGUACAGCAGCGUUUUCGCCACACAAUACAAGGAGAAGCUGGCUGCGCUCUGCGAAGGACGUCCAUGGGCACCCUCAACCUCGGCAGCACGGGCGCCAGUGCGUCCAAACUCCGCAAACAGUAACCGAUCGGGUUCUCCCGCCUCCAGCCUAUACCAGCAACAGCAGCAACCCUUUGGAUCCCGAAGCGUCAACAAUGGGUCAUCGUUCAGCUCGAACGGAUACAACAGCCCCAGUGCAGGUUACAACAGCCCUUCACCUGGAGGAAGCCUCGGCAACAGUGGAGGGACCACACCUUUGACGGACAAGUCCAGGAACGAGCAGUACUUUAAUCGGUUGGGAUCUGAGAACGCCGGUCGAUCAGAGCAUCUGCCUCCGAGUCAGGGGGGUAAAUACGCUGGUUUUGGAAAUACGCCAUCGAUGCCACCCCAGAAUGAUUCACUGGACGUGAACGAUAUCCUGAACGACCCUGCGGCGGCCUUGUCGAAGGGCUGGUCAUUGUUGUCGACGACAUUGGUUGCUGGAGCCAGCAUGAUUAACGAAAAUGUGAUCAAACCCACCGCAGCGACGGUGACUGACCCAGAGUUUCAGAACAAGGUCGGUGGUUAUGUCUCUUCCAUCGGACAAAAGGUUCAAGAAGGCAGCCGCACGUUGGGAACCAUGGUUAAUCAACAGCUUAACCCUCAAGCAGCCGCGCCACGCUCGACCAACAGCCGGUACGGUGGAUUCGGAUCAUCAGACUACCAGCAAGGCGGCAAUGGAGGCAGUGGUGGAGAUGAUUUUUUCAGCUCAACCAUGAACCACUAUGAACAAAAGAACCAGCCACCUGUCCGCAACAAUAUGUCCUCGCCCGGGCCAUACAACAGUAGCCCUAGCAUCAAUGGCGGUAGUGGCGGGCUCAACAGCAAUAGUCAGAACAACGGUUUCAGCAUCUCAAGGUCGAACACGAACUCGCCCGCACCGAGGACAGGGUCUGCAGCCAGCAACCGGGUGGGUGCUGCGACGGGUGCUGCGACGGCUGCUUCUCGGGCUAAGCCUGCGACAGCUGCGGCAAAGAGUGGAAAGAAGGACGGAUGGGGAGAUGAUGAUGACUGGGCCAACUUCUAAAGCAGGCGAGGCAAUUUUUGGACUAUGCAAGGCGAAAACUUUUCGCGCCUGCUUGCUUGGCCAGGACGAACGCAGCAGGAUACCUGAGAUGGUCAUUACAAGGAAUGAAGGGCAUCCGCCCUGGGAGGGGUUUUUUUAUUAGGGCUGUACCGGAAUGGUCAAGGCAAUAAAAAAAAUAUAAAACGG